CAGGCUGUAUGUUGCAUUAGUCUAACCUGCACAGAUUGGGCAGAGAGCUCUUUCUGUGAGGCUGCAUUUUGAAUUCAGCCCCUGGGGCUAGGAGUGACACAUCUAUACUUGGCUGAAUCCGUCAGCACUGACUCUUGCAGAAAGGUGGCUGUGUAACCGUACAGAGGGGCAGGAGAGCUCUCCCAUUCAGCGCUGCAGCUGCCGGACACACAGAUUAUAUACAUAUAUAUUUCUUUUAUUCCUUGUGGUGUGGUUCAUCCAAGCGUAGCCCAGAAAAUGCCCAACUUCUCGGGGAACUGGAAGAUGAAGCAUUCCGAGAAUUUCGAGGAGCUACUGAAAGUGUUGGGCGUCAACGUCAUGUUACGGAAAAUCGCAGUGGCCGCUGCUUCUAAGCCAGCCGUGGAGAUCAAGCAGGAAGAUCAGUUGUUCUACAUCAAAACCUCCACCACCGUCCGGACCACUGAGAUCAACUUCAAAAUAGGGGAGGAAUUUGAGGAACAGACUGUAGAUGGGCGUCCAUGUAAGAGCCUGGCAAAAUGGGAAAGUGAGAACAAAAUGGUAUGUGAGCAAAGACUUCUGAAAGGAGAAGGACCCAAGACUUCCUGGUCCCGAGAACUGACCAAUGAUGGAGAACUUAUCCUGACCAUGACUGCUGAUGAUGUCGUCUGUACACGGAUUUAUGUUAGAGACUAAAUUCACCGAGCCACCUUAAGAAAUCUGAGGCGUUGAUCUUGUCCGGCCCACCGUCUGAAUCUUUAGUAACCACUUCUUCUAAAGCAGAGAGUAUCCCGUUUACAGCAAGACACGAUAAAGUCAAUACUCACCCUACAAUGGCCACAGCCUUUCAUUAUUGUUUUGGAAGAUGGUAGAAUUGACCUCUUUCUCAUCUUGCCGCAAAGACUCGUUUAUAACCAGAGUGGGCAACACUGUAGCGUUAAUAUUCGUGCGAAGAGUGAUGGGGUAAUAACUGAAAGGUCAAUUAGGCUGUGCCAAAUGAAAAGUUUAAUUUAUAUGUUAGAUUGACCAUUCCAAGUUGUUCUUGGAAAACUGUUUCUGUCGGCCAUUUUUUAUGUACAGCCAUCUAAUCUUUUGCGCCAUUUUAGGAUGGGCAACCAGAAAAUGUAUAACAGAAAAGGAAAACAAAGGCUUGUUGAUAGUCAGCAUUGGUAGAAAAUGAGGCAAACACCUGACUUAUUUGCAAUAAUACUAAUCGAUUAAAAAGUAAUUUAAAAAGAAAUAGGGUUUCAAAGUAGAAUUCUUAAAGAUGGCCGCCAGCCUUGUGAAUAUGUCCUUCAGAUUUGAAGUGUUUUGUCUUAGAGACGUUCUAGAACACAGUGCACAUUCACCCACAGGCACAUAAUUAAAAUGAUUGUAAAGUAGACCCGUGCAUUACUUCUAUAUAGACAGUUUGAUAUGUACAUACAGUAGACACAGGUGUGCAACCAAUGAGGUUAAAAGCACUACAGAGAGGCAGCCAUAUUGCUCCUUUUUCCUUUAGGACUAAAGGUUCAUUUUUAGCCAGAAUAUAGCGCCACCUGAGAAGAGAAAAUGGAUAUUUCCUUUUUUUUUCUUUAAUACAACUGGCUUUAAGCAUUUUAUACAUUUAUAGUAUUGAAACACAUAGCUAGAAAAUGUAGUACUGCUAGCUAAAUGUUUUAUUUCCUGAGGUAGAAUCUUCUCACAUUGCUUUUAUUUUUCUAGUUUAUGCAUUGUUCUGUAUUUAUUUGUCCAUAUGUUUGUUUUUUUAAGUAAAGAAAAAUACUUCAAAAA